AUGGCCACUCAAUACGAACUCGAACAUAAUGUCAAAUUCUCCGAAUCUCGCCGCGCCGGCCGCCGCGUCGACAUGGCCUCCUUCUUCUCCCUCCUCAACCAGCUAGACGAGCCCACGACCACACAAAAUCCGCACAACAACCCGCACGCCACGCCCACGCCCGUCGACACCGCCGCGCUCUUCCGCCUGCUGCAGAGCCAGAUGCAGACGCUGCUCACGACGGCGCCGACGACGGACAACCGCUCGUUUCUCGAGGACCUUAUCAACUCGCUCGAAGAGGACAUUCACGACCCGCCCACGCGGCUGCAGGGCGCUAGCCAGGAGUUUGUCGACAUGCUGGACCGCGUUAACAGGAAGAAGCUUGACAAGGAGGACGACUGCGCCAUCUGCAAGGUGCCUUAUCUGGAGGACGAGUACUGCCUUGUUGUGGAGCUGCCGUGUAAGGGAAAGCAUAGGUUCGAUCUCGAAAAGAAGGAGGUUCCCAUUGUGGAAGAUGACGAAGAGGAGGACGGUGAUAUGAUGUAUGCGUAA